AUCCGGUUGAUCAUUGGGAUCUGUUUGUUUUUAUUUUUGCACGGAGAAGAGUUUUCUCCGGCUGCACUCUUUUCGGUCGGUGAUACCUGACAGGUCUGAUAAUGCACACACAUGAAUGUCACUAGUACAAUACGCAGAUGAUGUGUAAGCGCCUGUGAGGCCAUCUGAAGUGUUCCCUCUGAAGAAAGCUGUAGAGUCGAUUAGCUGCCGGUGCUGUUGGCUAUCAGUGACAGCUAGCUUGCUAACACGAUUAAUGCAAACUAUAAAGCAAGCUGAAGAGCACAGCUAGCUAGCAGGCCAGCUGUCCACCUGGACCAGAGACGAGGAAGAGCGCUUGUUAGCUAGCUAACCACCCCGGGAGUCCCAGAGAUAAUCAUCCGACUGGGUUUCCGUGUCUUCCUGACAAUGGGAAACGCCGCUGCAGCCAAGAAAGGCAACGAAUUAGAAAGCGUGAAAGAAUUUUUAGCCAAAGCCAGAGAGGAUUUCUUGAGGAAAUGGGAGUGUCCACCACAGAGCUCGACCUGCCUGGAUGACUUUGAGAGACUGAAAACUCUGGGUACCGGUUCUUUCGGAAGAGUUAUGUUAGUGAAACAUAAAGGAACAGCGCAAUACUAUGCUAUGAAGAUCCUGGAUAAGCAAAAAGUGGUGAAGCUGAAACAAAUAGAACACACGUUAAACGAGAAGAAAAUACUGCAGGCUGUCUCUUUUCCUUUCCUCGUCAAAUUGGAAUACUCGUUCAAGGACAACUCAAACUUGUACAUGGUUAUGGAGUAUGUCCCGGGUGGAGAGAUGUUCUCACACCUCAGACGAAUUGGAAGAUUCAGUGAGCACCAUGCCAGGUUUUAUGCAGCUCAGAUCGUGCUCACGUUUGAGUACCUCCACUCGCUAGACCUCAUCUAUAGAGACCUGAAGCCUGAGAAUCUUCUCAUUGAUCAGCAUGGAUACAUCCAGGUCACAGAUUUUGGCUUUGCUAAAAAAGUAAAAGGCAGAACCUGGACAUUAUGUGGCACACCAGAAUACCUGGCUCCAGAGAUCAUCCUUAGCAAGGGCUACAAUAAAGCUGUGGAUUGGUGGGCUCUUGGUGUUCUGAUCUACGAGAUGGCUGCAGGUUACCCACCCUUUUUUGCUGACCAGCCGAUCCAGAUAUAUGAGAAAAUUGUAUCUGGAAAGGUCCGAUUCCCUUCUCACUUCAGUUCCGAUCUGAAGGACUUGCUGAGAAAUCUUCUUCAGGUUGAUCUCACCAAACGCUUCGGCAAUCUUAAAAACGGCGUCAAUGACAUUAAGAACCACAAGUGGUUUGCUACAACAGAUUGGAUCGCUAUUUAUGAAAGAAAGGUCGAGGCUCCCAUCAUACCAAAGUUCAGAGGGCCAGGUGACACGAGCAACUUCGACGACUAUGAAGAGGAGGAGAUCCGGAUCUCGGACACGGAGAAGUGUGCUAAGGAGUUCUCGGAGUUUUAGUAGGACAAGAGUUCUUAAAGGGCUCUUACAUAUUGGGAUUUUUUUUUUUUUUUCCUCCUUUCCUUUGCACUCCUUCAGAGGUGAGAGUGAAGCUCUGACCAUCGUGUGUGUUUAGACUGUUUCACGUUUCUUCAUUCCAUGAAGUUGUGAGAGAUUCAUGAGUGCCAUGAUCUCUGUGUGCAGUUUCGCACCAAGCUAUAGAUGAAGUUCGGCUCGAAAUGCAGUUUCUCUUUCGGGCUGCAACACAAAGCACCAGACACACUCUUAUAUGUUUGUUUGUUUGUUUGUUUCUCUCUCUCUCUCUCUCUCUCUGUCUUUGGUUAGGUUUCUAGCAUCAUUUUUGAAAAAUAUUGUUUUUGUUUUUCUUCUUAUAAUUAUUUUUUUAACUGUAAUGAAUGAAGAGGCCACUUUUACUUGUGUUUAAGAGAGUUAUUACUAUUAGUCUGUGAUAUUGCACUUUUUUAAGGAUCGGUGCUGCUUGUUCUUGCCAGCAACAUAUUACAUCGGUUACAUGCUAAUUUAGUUCUGAAGCUUUAUGCUGUUCGUGACAUAUUCACUUCCCGCCUACGUAGCGUGAAUGUGUAUCACUGUGUGUGGGUGGAUUGUGUGUGUGUGUGUGUGAGAUUGUGUGGUUGAAAAGCCUACUGAAAGAGUAUUCUGAAAGAUGAUGGUGAUGAUUAUUAUUAUUACUAUUAUUAUUAUUAUUUUUAUUAUUAUUAUUAAACACAAAUUCACAAUAACAGCCAGAGCAGACUGUAGAAAAAAUACAUAUUUAAAAUAUUACAUAACUUCUUGAUUACUUCAUAACUUAGCUAAGAUGUUCAUUACAUAUGUAAGAUCGGUACGCCAGCUAGGCCUGUCACGAUUAUAAAAUUCUACAUGACGAUUAGCCUCCAAAUGAUUACGGUUCCUUUUACGCUUAACAUAAAAGUUGUGUAAUUAACAAUUGUGUAUUUUUUGCAUCAUUUUAUGCUUUUAGGACGAAGGAACCAAAAAUUAAUUCCUGAUAAAUUCUACAGAUUAAAUGUGCUGCGUUCGUCCAGCAAUAAGUAAUUACAGUACUGUAAGUAAUUACAGUAAUCUUAAAUGUAAGAAAAAUUCAACACAAAAAAUAGCUCGAAAGGAGACAAUAUAACAUCUGUUCUAUUUCAGACAUCUGGAUAAGAAAAGAAAACCAUUCAUUAUUUAACCUUUUUUUUUUUAAUUAUCUUUGGUUUCACAGAAGGGGGUACAAACCUUUGCACUAGACUGUGUGUCAACAUUUAUCAACACUGAACACACAAUUUUACAAACGUUUAUAAAAAAAAAAAAAACAACAUUGCACAGGGAGACCAAAAGUUUUGGGACGUCUGCCUUUACCUGCACAUGAAUGUAAUAUGGAGUUGUCCCGCCCUUUGCAGCUAUAACAGCUUCAACUCUACUGGGAAGGCUUUCCACAAGGUUUAGGAGUGUGUUUAUGGGAAUUUUUGACCAUUCCUCUAGAAGCACAUUUGUGAGGUCAGGUACUGAUGUUGGAUGAGAAGGUCUGGCUCACAGUGUCCACUCUAAUUCAUCCCAAAGGUGUUCUAUGGGGUUGAGGUCAGGACUCUGUGCAGGACAAUCAAUUUCCUCCACACCAAACUCACUCAUCCAUGUCUUUAUGGACCUUGCUUUGGUCACUGGUGUGCAGUCAUGUUGGAACAGGAAGGGGUCAUCCCCAAACUGUUCCCACAAAGAGCAUGAAAUUGUCCAAAAUGUCUUGGUAUGAAGCUGAAACAUUAAGAGUUCCUUUCACUGGAACUAAGGGACUGAGUCCAACCCCAGAAAAACAACACCUGAAUUGGAGGGGUGUCCCAAAACUUUUGACAACAUGUGUGUAUUAACCAACGGUAACCAGGUACGAUAGCAAAAGCAGAUAAUAGUAAUAACAAAAUACUGUACUGUUCUGUACUUAAUCCUUAAUCUCUGCACAUUUUAGCAAGAGUUAGUCUAUUUACACUAAAUAUUACACAAAAACGAGUUAAAAAUUUAAGGUACAAAGCCUUCGAUUGGAAAUAAUAAAUAAAUAACAAGCUGAUUAACUUCUGCAUGCAGUAAAUCUCUACGUGGUGGAACUCCACACCUAGCGCCAUUUAACUGAAUCCGAUUGGUCAGAGGGUAUUUUCUAGAACAGCAGCUCUGACCGUAGCGUCGAAUGUAAUUUAAAUCGCGUUUCUGUUAAUGCACUCUAAUAUAUUUUUAUUUCUGUGGUAGCAACUAGUUCACAGGGAUUCGUAUGAAGGACGCACCUUGGUGUGUUAACAAACAGAGAAAUAAAAUGUGAAGUUUAAAAUUAUUUAAUAUAGAGAUAUUUAAUCGUUGAUAUUGCUGAAGGGAUAUGUUUAAUAGUUUAUUUGAAGAGUCUCAGGUGUCAGUCAGAGGUUUUCCUCCUUGAUAGAGUCUUCAGGAUAAAGUACAGUAUCAUGGCAAGCUGCUUCUUUGUUUUGUUCAUCAGAGAGAGAAAGAGAGGCUGAUGACGGAACGAUUGUUUAUAGUUGCUGUAUUACAAUAAAUCAACAGAAACUUGUGUUGCUAAUAAUCCAUAUGUCAAUAUAAAAGUACAAUAUGUCAGUUGUCAAUAAUUAAACCUCAACAAAUAACUGUCUUAACUGUCAGGAAGUCCCUAAUGAGAAAAUCAUCCCUAAUGAGAAGCCUGAGGCGGCUGUGGUGAGGAAAAACUCCCUGAGAUGGUAUGAGGAAGAAACCUUGAAACUCAACAGGGAACCUUAUUCUUAUUUGGGUGAUUAUAAAUGAUUAUAAACACCAGAGAGAGUGAUUAUAAAUUGUUGUAAACAGCAGAGAGUGAUUAUAAAUGAUUAUAUACAGCAGAGAGUGAUUAUAAAUGAUUAUAAACUCUAGAGAUUGUGAUUAUAAAUGAUUAUAAACACCAGAGAGAGUGAUUAUAAAUUGUUAUAAACAGCAGAGUGAUUAUAAAUGAUUAUAAACACCAGAGAGAGUGAUUAUAAAUUGUUAUAAACAGCAGAGUGAUUAUAAAUGAUUAUAAACACCAGAGAGAGUGAUUAUAAAUGAUUAUAAACUCCGAAGAUUGUGAUUAUAAAUUGUUAUAAACUCCAGAGAGUGUGAUUAUAAAUUGUUAUAAACUCCAGAGAGUGUGAUUAUAAAUGAUUAUAAACUCCGGAGAUUGUGAUUAUAAAUUGUUAUAAACUCCAGAGAGUGUGAUUAUAAAUUGUUAUAAACACCAGAGAGGGUGAUUAUAAAUGAUUAUAAACUCCGGAGAUUGUGAUUAUAAAUUGUUAUAAACUCCAGAGAGUGUGAUUAUGAAUAAUGUCCUUUCUACGGUCAGUUGGAGUUGUGUAAUGAAGUUACAUUUGUAGAAUGUUAUUUUGUGUAUUGAUUCAGUAACAAGCGUUUUAUUCCAUCAUUCGUUCAUCUUCAGUAGGUUUUAUUCUGAUCAGUGGAUCUGAAGCGGGAAUAAACCCGUGAUGAGACACCAGGUCAUCACAGGACACAUUUCUUUCAAUCAGCUCGAAUGAUCUCAUAAUUAAUCCAUCAUAUUGAUUGUGACAGGCCUAAUGUCUGCAUGGAAAAGACAGGCUUAUAAUCUGUGACUCCACUUCCCCAGUAUCCACACUGUGUUACUCCUCCAGAACAUCCUCCACUGUGUACUGUAUUCCGCUUCAUCUUCUUCUCAUCUGCUUACAUUCCACAACCUUUUAUUAGUUUAUUUAUUUCAUUCACUCAAUCACUAGGAUCUUAGUUUGAUCAUGGCAUUUACAUUCAGCACAAAGAUAAAACACACACACCUUAUUUUGCUGACUGAACUGUGUUUAUCAUUUCAUGUGUCUGUUUAUCUUUAUAAAGUUUAUUUAUCAAAAUGUUAGAGAUCACGUAUAAUACAUAUAAAGUUCUAUUCCUUGACCCCUUCUGACUGACAUUUCUGAAAAAAAAAUGUUCUUAAAUACAUUUUUAGCAGAAGGCAGUGUUUUAUUUGAUUUCAGCACUCCCAAAAACCAUAUUUAAAAAUAAAUAAAUAAAUAAAAUAAAUGAUUUAGUAUUUCACUCGUCAGUGUGGGCUCUAGUACGCAACGUCUAUGUAUUUAGUUCGUAUGAUAAUUUUGCACAACGUCAUUUAGAAAGCGCGCCCCCGUUCCUCCUGCAUUAUUAGCCUACAUGUAUUUUUAAGGGAUGUGUCCACCUUUUUCGCUGUAGCAUAUUUUAUGUAUUAAAUGAUAUGUCACUGUAACAAAUAAAGGAAAUCUGCUUUGUA